AUGAUCAUCAAAGACUUCAACGACAACGCACCAACUUUUCUAAAUCUACCAUACAGAACAUCACUUAAUGAGAAUCAUCCCACAGGAACUUCGGUCUUCAGUGUCACUGCUAAAGAUCCCGACUCUGGUCCUGGUGGUUCUGUCGUCUACUCCAUAAAUACUGACCAGCAAGAAUACAGCCAGACCUUCUCUAUAGACCCCAACAGUGGGGUCAUCACCCUACUGAGGCCACUAGACUAUGAAACCAGGUCGUUUUAUCAUUUCAACGUGUAUGCCAAGGAUCUAGGGUCCCCACCCUGCCCUGGACCGAACUGCAACUGUAACUUCCCAAGUGACCAUUGCGAGGCUGACGUCGUCGAUCUUUUCUUCACAGUCACAGACAUUGAAGACACGCCCCCAGUGUUUGAAAAUCUGCCAUACAUGGGGGUAGUCAAUGAGAAUGUACAAAUAGGCAUUACAGUAUUGACAGUGAAGGCAGUUGAUGGGGACAGGAGAGUGGCUGUACCCAACCCGGUGUAUUAUAAUAUUAGUGGUGAUACAGGUUUCUCCUCCAAGUUUCUGAUCAACUCCUCAACGGGUGACAUAACAGUCAAUGGUGUUUUAGAUGUGGACCAGGGAGAGGGCCUUGAUCGAGCUGGGAUUUAUCUCUUUACUGUGACGUUGUCCCUCAACGAUAGUAAGUUUUAUUUUGUACUGCUAGUUGUCCCUCAAUGA